UGCGAGACAAUCUUGUCACACGCCGCACCCAGUUCUCCAGCUGCGACGAGUGUCGCAGAUCCCGCGUCGCCUGUGACGCUCAGAGCCGCAACGCCGCUGGGGAAGCGGCCGGUUCCUGCACACGUUGCCAGAACCGCCAUCGCUCAUACAAGCGCGUCUGGUGGAGUGAAGCGUAGGGGACGGGGUCAGACAGCGUCUCAUCCUCCCAGUGACACGUCGUCGACGCAAGGGAGCAAGGAAGCAGAUGCUUCGACGGGGAAUGAGGGGCCCGUCCUCUGUUCAGAGCGAAGUGCUCACCGGGACAGUCUGACGACCUCGGUGUUGUCCUCUGGGCCAACUCCGUUCGUGGCGCCUUCACCGACAUACUCCAUCAUCACCUCGCGAGACAGAGGUCUGCUUAGCGAAGCAGAAUCGCAAUGGCUAGACACUCUGUAUCGUGAAGGCUUUGAGGCUGUCUUUGGCUCAUGGAUGGGCCGAUACAGCUGUCCCUUCUUAUUCGGCCACAACCUCGCAGACAAAUAUGUCAGCGUCUCCGACCUUUGCGAUCAUCUUGAUGGGUGCAUGGCAGAUGCCGCCGCCAACGACGGCACAGGGCCCGGAAGAGGUAGCGAGAGGUAUUGCUUGAUUGAGCAAUCCCUAAAGAGCACCAUCGCUGCUUUCGCUGCUCGAUGGCUUCCCAUGACCUCCCCGAAAACACACCCCGAACACGAUUAUUCCGACAUCAUUCAAGUUCUCUGGCGACAUGCCAGGAGGGAUAUGCUCCGGAUAAUCAACAGGCCUUCCUACCGAUCCAUGCUAUCGCUGCUUCUCUUUGCGUUGACGCCGAUACCAGAAGGUAUAUCCGAGGACGAAGAGGCUGAUGGUAUCUCGGGGCAGGCCUGCGUCCAUGCAGCAUUGCAGCAGGUCCAGGGCCUACGAGCUAGGCAACGAAAUCUUCAAUUCAGCGGCUCCAAGGUCUCCCCGUCGCUCAAGUCCCAGGCCAUCGUCACAACCCCACAGUCGAUAGAAACAUCGGCCUUCAUCAACGCCGAGAGCACAGCUUACUGGGCAGCUCUGACGUUCGAUACCUCGGCAUCCUUGACACUGAACUGUCGGCCAUUGCUUUCUUCUGGUUUAUUUGGCUUCGAGUCCGAGCUGCCGUGGCGUCUAGUCAGGGCUUGUGCCAAGAUGUUUGACGAGAGUGCACAGCAUUGGAGUCGGGGGAGCUCUAACAUGACUGACGAAAGGGCAAACCAGAUCGUCGCGGCUGGCGCGGGAUGGAAGUUACUAGGGUGGAAGUUGACUGCCAUCUUCAAGGAAGCGCUCCGCGAUGGCCACGAUGAACCAGAAGUGCGUAGAGCGUACUCGGCUGUGGUGGACUCUAUCAAGGAGUUUCAAAAGAUAUACCGUCCGCUUCUGGAUGAGUGUCACAAGCGGAUGCAGUUCCUUUGUCAGCAAACAAAACUUCGUUGGUUUUCCCUCAUGCUUCACUAUCACCUCAGCAUCUUGAUGGCCGUUGAUGUCAUGGAAGUCACCGGCCGUCACGAUCUACUAGCCGAUAUUGCGGACAUAAGCACCGAUGCCGAGAACACGGUGAUGAAUACCCUAGCCUUUGGUCUGCACAAUACCUUUACACAUCGGCGACCCUGCCCGAACGGCCUUGACCCUCUCCAGGAGAGCACCCGCGGAAACGAAAAUACCAUCACGGUCCCAAUCGUCUCCAUCGACCCGUAUCCUCACCACGCCGUUGCUGGAGUGCAGCUGCUGCGAAAGGCCAUCGAUCGCGACUUUGGAAUUGGGAAAAUUACUGAGGAAACGUAUCAGAGUUUGUUAUCAACUCUUGAAGACACGUUGAAACAACUUCCGCAGAGCUCCAAGUCUCUCCUCCCUUCCUUCGUCAACAUGGUCCUCUCCAUCGCUCUCAAAACUUCAGUCACCCUGAUCGGGGCUGGCACGCAAGGAAGACGUCUUGCCUUCAUGUGGUCAAGUAGAGGGAAUGAUGUCCAUAUUGUCGACGGUCAAGAAAGUCAGCUUCAAGCCAGCCUCAAAGCCAUUGAGGGCUUUCGAUUAGAGGAUACCACGAAGGAUGCUCGCUGGGGGAGAAUCAUCACACAUACACCCGAGACACUGCGGGAAGCCCUCCAGGCUUCAUGGCUCGUAGUAGAACGCAAGGUCAUCUCACAAUUAGACUCUCUCGCACCAGAGGGGACAAUCAUCGCCUCCAACUCCAGCAGCUACGCUUGUUCGGAGAUACUAGAGGGUCUAACACUGAGGAACGAGCACCGCUUUCUGAGUGCUCACUCCUACUGGCCUCCUGAAACAGCCGAGAUUGAGAUCAUGGGCCAUGAAACGACGAACCCUUCGUACAUCCCGUUGAUGAUGGAGCAGUGCAAGGCACAUGGCUUCUCGCCUUUUCACGUCAAAAGCCAAUCCAUGGGCUACAUCUACAAUCGAAUAUGGGCAGCCAUCAAGCGAGAAGCUCUCCUCGCAGCAUCUGAAGGCGCUGCAACUCCGGCGGAAAUUGAUGCCAUGUUCAAGGGCGUGCUCAAGACGCCCAAGGGUCCUUUUGAGCAGAUGGAUGUUGUUGGUCUAGAUGUUGUUCACGACAUCGAGCAGCACUAUGCCGAUGCACGCGGAGACAUUCCGAGCGAGCCCCGAGAGUAUUUGCAAAAGUUCCUUCGGAGGGGUGACCUGGGUGUGAAAAGCCGGCGUGGUUUCUAUGACUAUGGAGGGCCUUAG